CCCCCCCAACCAGCAUAACGGUCCUGCAGCUCCAGACCCUCACCAUGCCUCACGCAGACUCCUCCUUCUUCGGCCCCAACGCGUCCAAAGACGAGGUCUACACGCAGGUUCUCGAACAGGCCCGCGGCCUAGUUUACGGCCAGCGCAACUGGGUCAGCAACUUCUCCAACGUCGCCUCCCUCCUGUGGCACGCCUACGCCGCCCUCCCCACCCCCUCCGCCUCCGUCAACUGGGCCGGCUUCUACAUCCGCAGCGACAAGUUCCCUGCCUUGUCGUCGUCGCAAACCACCACCACUACGGAUGCGAGCGCGCCCGCAAAGCUCCUCCUAGGCCCCUUCCAGGGCCGCCCCGCGUGCCAGGAGAUCCGCUUCGGGAAGGGCGUCUGCGGCACCGCGGCGCAGGACCGCGCCACCGUCGUCGUGCCGGACGUGCUGGAGUUCCCCGGCCAUAUCGCUUGUGAUGCGAGCAGUCGGAGUGAGAUCGUCGUGCCGAUUCUUGUCGGUGGGGAGACGGUCGCGAUUAUCGAUGUCGAUUGCACGGAGCCCUCCGGGUUCGAUGAGACCGACAAGAAAUAUUUGGAGGAGUUGGCGGGGUUGUUGGCUGAGUGCUGUGAUUGGUGAUGUACCGUGGGGUUUGUCUGGGUGUACCUAGUAGGGUAGGCUAGGGUGAGGAUCUGGGGUAUUGAAUCUGCGAUGGGGUGGGUUGAGAGCUCUUAUAGACCGUCUGAGUAUAUAUGUGCAGUAUAUUAGAGCUUGUCAGCAAAGGGGAUUUCCCGGUUAGGGGAUGAUAAUACUUCGUCGAAAUCCAUCCAUUCGUCGAUCUCUGCCCUC